GGAGCGGGUGUUCCGGGCCGGGUUGCAACUCCAGGCUGAUUGCAUUUCGUUCGACCCACGGCCACCUGUAUCGAGAGGACGCCUGUGCAUUGCCCAGGGUCAUUCAUCCUGUGGGAGUUGUGUGGGUUGUACGGUUGCACUCUUCUUGGUAGACAGCUGGUGGCACUGGAUUGUUCUGCUAUGACUCUGCUUGCUUGGGCCUUCUGGGCCCCUCGCAGGCCUUUUUCUAGGACGGAUGGGCAGGGUUGCAGAGCGUGCAGCUCUACACCUGGCAAGGUGAUGCCAAAUCGUUUCCCACGGUGCCUGCGCCAACCUACACGUCCACGAGCAGUGUGUGAGCUCCCGCCAUCCGAAUGGACCCGGCAGCGCCGUGUUGUCAGGCCUCUUGAUUUUUGCCCAUCUGGAGGGUGUAGGAUGCUCUCAUUGUGGUUUUAAUUUCCUCUUCCCUGGCUCUGAUGAGGUGGAGCCUCUCUGAUGACGCCCACUGGGCCCCUCCCGGCGUCCACACCCGUCUGUCCCCUCUUCUGGAGUGCGGGCUGGAGUGGGGACUCGCCAAGCAAUGCCCUAGCACACGAGUGAUGGAGCCGCUUCUGAGGUCAGCUCACAGAAAGGCUCCGUCUCCAGUUUCCCUCUUGGGGGUUCUCACUCUGGUGGAGGCCGGCUUACCUGUGGGCGCUGCCCCAGGGAGAGCCCACCUGGUGAGGGUCUGAGGGAAGCCUUCUCCAGUGGCCUGCAAGGAAAUGUAUCCUCAAAACCCAGGUGAGCAAGCUUCGACCUGGACCCUCCAGCCCCCGGCAGCUUCCACGUGGCACAGACCCAGCCAGCACCUGACCGCAGCCUCGUGACGGGCUUCGGGCCAGAGGCACCCAGCGCAGCUGCCCCUGGACGCCUGACCCAUGUCUGUUGUUUUAUGCUGCUUCGUGUGGGUUAAUUUGUUACGCAGCAGUGAUAGCUGAUACCGUACCUUUUCUUGUGUCCUAAUGGCCAUUUAGAAAUUGUCUUCUGUGAAAUGUGGUUUUCUCCAUAUUUCUUAUUGAUUUUUAGGAACUUUUUGUAUAUGCUGGAUGUUAAUCCUAUGUCAUUUUGCAGAUAUCUUUUCCUAGUUUGUGGCUUAUAUUUCCACUUUAUUUAUGGUCUAUUUUGAUGAAACAAGUGUUCUAAAUUUAGUCACUGUAGUCUUUUUUAUCCAUGUUUUCUUUUAUGGUUACUGCCAUUUGAGUUUGGUUUAAGAUAUUCUUUCCUACCCCAGGGCCGGGUCAGAAAAAGAUUCUCUUAAAUUUUUCUCAAGCGUGAGUUUUGCACAGUGGCUAGGAGCUCAGCCCUUGGAGCGGGGCUGCCUGGCUCUCCACUGCAAAGCCAUUUCUUCUCGGAUCUCACCUGUUGGUGAUGGCUCCUUUCUCAGGGGCUGUGAAUAUAUAAAACACUUAGAACUGCUGAUUCACAGUAAGGACCAUCUGAACCCGACAAUUACUGUUAUUUGUCUAAUGUCAACUUUUGAAAUGAUGUGAGUUAGGGACCCAAUUUCACUUUUUUUCCAGUAUGGAUAACAGUUGUCCUAGCAUCAUGUGCUGGAUAGUCCUUCCUUUCUUCAGUGAUUCACAGCCAUUUCCCGAGGGAGCCUGGUUCUUUUCAGCGGAGGAUGAUGCUUAGAAACCAAGAUCCGUGAGCUGUGGGUGCUCACCGCUAAUGGGGUGUCGCUGCGGCUCGGACCUCUCAGUGCCCAGAGUUAGCAAGUCAGUUUAGAAACAGAGAUGUGUUCCAGGUACGUGUGUAUGUACCCACCUCUACAUGUCUAUCCAUCUGUUUGUCCAUCUGUCCAUCCAUCCAUCCAUCUAUCUGUCAGAGCCUGUGAGCUCCAAUCCCUCCAUCCAGCCCAACACCCUGGGGCUCAUUCUCUUCUCUGCGCUUUACCUUCCUUCCCCGACAGGAGGCUGUGUGACACUGUGCCUACAGUACGGUUACUCACUCGAUCCUGACAUGAAAAGUAGAUUCAGAACUGUGAACCCAGGCCUCAGAGAAGAGGAACCACGCCGAGCGUUCAGCCUUAGUUUCGAGUUCUCUUUGUCUUUAAUCUGAGGACACGUGUCCCAAAUGCUGUGCCCAGAAGCUAUUUGGGUUAGUUUGUUAUUCACGUGAUUUAUGGUUUAGUUCACAUUUGCUAUUUGUACUCCGUCUUACAGAUUUUCUCCCUAACCUUAUGGAUUUAAUUUUUUCUUUUCUCGUGUUUGUGAAACCUUAUCGUGGUUCCCGAAGUCAGUGUUUCAGAAGGCGCAUCUGGGAACUGCGGCCGCCACCUGACCCUUCCCUUCACGCCCAUCCAGCCCUUUCGACAAUCUCAUUGGUCUCGGUUUUUCCUUUCCUGAUUUUUUGCACAAAUGCCAUUUUCAUUUGCCGCCUGGGGGCUGCUCCGUGCUUCCUGCCUGGGUGUGCUCAGAGCCCCCUCGCCUUUGGGGUUCUAGUUGUGCUCGGGGUGUCUAAGUUCUCAUCUGCUCUGCUUAGUUUACACUGAGGUUCCAGGGCUCACGUGUCAUCGGUUCUUGAAGGUUUGCAUUACUUCUUUUGAUUGUCCCUCUUCUCCAUGAUUUCCAUUUUCUCCUCCAGGGAAUUUUAUUCUUAUUAUUUGCUCCACAUUUGGGCUGUUUUUUAACAUCUUCCGUUCCGUGUCUCUUUGGGCCGCAUGCUGCAUGAUUUCUCCAGGUGUUUUUUUUUAAUGCAUUAACUCUUUAUUCAGCCCUGUCUCUUCUGUUUAGCUCGUCAAUCAAGUUGCGCUUGACUUUAAAAUAUUUCAAACUUGUGAUCUUGAGACACUUUUAGGCAUGCAGAGGAGGUGCAUUGACCCAUUGUAAAUUCUUCAGGCUUCCGCAUGCCAGUUUCACUUAAUCUUGGUCAGUGCUCUGCACCAGAAACAAGGCCAGUGUGGUUCUCUGUGCUGAUCUGCAGACUGUUCGAGCCUCUGGCUGCCGGCCCUGCCAGGCCGCCGUGUGCCGAGACGCGUGGUCUGCUCAGGCCCCGCUGACCUGCACUGUGCAGCCUGCAGACCCCGGGCUGGUCUGGUGUUUUCUCGCGGUUAGACUGAGAUGCGUCGGUGGCAAGAAAACCAGAGGCGCCGUGGUCUGGGGAGCGUCCAUGGCCAGCGGCUUUGCCAUCGUGGCCUGGUCGGGGAAGUGCUGCCUGCUUCUCCUGGGUGAAUCGCUGGCGGGAAGUCAUUUGAGUCUGUGCACCUCCACCAUGAGGUGCAUUUCAGUUCUGUCUUUCGUUUCUGGACGCUCCGUUUGCGUUUUCGGACGUGCCUUCUGGGUUCUCCCUGCCGGUGUCUCCUGCUGUCCUGUCGGUAUCUGGAGCCUGCUCGGAGCGCGAGCUGGGCGCUCUGGGAUCUUUGAUCUUUGAUCCUCACCAGUUGAUCUUAAUCUCUCCCAGCUCUCGGAGACCCCGUGUGCGGCGCUGACCCCGGGCCCCCGGUGCCCUCCUCUCGACUGUCUGCGCCUGGGGAGCGCGUGUCAGCCCAUGUUGUCCGUCUCUGAGACAGAGUCGUCCUUUUCUGCUGCGCCAUCAGCAUGUCGUCUUUAACUAAAACUCCGGCGCCGGAAGGGAGCGUUUCUGGCCCCGAGGAGAAGCCGGAAGGAAAGCUGCUCUUCACCUGGGGCUGCCUUUCUGGCCCCCGGGGUGAGAAGGUUGUCUUCACCAAGAGGCACAGCGCCCCCGGGGAGAGCGUGCUGGCCGUCACGCUCACCGAGACCACCGUCAUCGAGUCGGACCUGGGCGUCUGGAGCUCGCGGGCCCUCCUCUACCUCACGCUGUGGUUUUUCUUCAGCUUCUGCACCCUCUUCCUCAACAAGUACAUCCUGUCCCUGCUGGGAGGGGAGCCCAGCACGCUAGGGGCCGUGCAGAUGCUGUCCACCACCCUCAUCGGCUGCGUCAAGAUAUUCGUCCCUUGCUGCUUGUACCAGCACAAGACGCGGCUUUCUUACCCGCCCAAUUUCAUCAUGACCAUGCUGUUUGUGGGUCUCAUGAGGUUUGCCACCGUGGUGCUGGGGCUGGUCAGCCUGAAGAACGUGGCAGUUUCAUUCGCAGAAACGGUGAAGAGCUCGGCGCCCAUCUUCACCGUGAUCAUGUCCCGGAUGAUUCUGGGGGAGUACACGGGGCUGCUGGUCAAUCUGUCCCUCAUCCCCGUGAUGGGGGGGCUGGCCCUGUGCACCGCGGCCGAGAUCAGCUUCAACGCCCUGGGCUUCUCUGCGGCCUUGUCCACCAACAUCAUGGACUGUUUGCAAAACGUUUUCUCAAAGAAGCUCCUCAGUGGGGACAAGUACCGGUUCUCGGCCCCGGAGCUGCAGUUCUACACCAGCGCCGCCGCUCUGGCCAUGCUCAUCCCAGCCUGGGCCUUCCUCAUGGAUAUGCCAGUGAUCGGGGGGAGCGGAAGGAGCUUCAGCUACAGCCAGGAUGUCAUCUUGCUGCUCCUGAUGGACGGCGCACUGUUCCACCUGCAGAGUGUCACGGCGUAUGCCCUCAUGGGGAAGAUCUCGCCCGUCACCUUCAGCGUCGCCAGCACCGUGAAGCAUGCGCUGUCUAUCUGGCUCAGCAUCAUCGUGUUCGGCAACAAGAUCACCAGCCUGUCGGCCAUCGGCACCGUACUGGUGACUGUCGGCGUUCUGCUCUACAACAAGGCCAAGCAGCAUCAGCAGGAGGCCUUGCAGAGCCUGGCUGCCACCGCCGGCCACACCCCAGAAGAUAGCGAUGAGCCGCAGACUUCCAGGGAUCCCACACCUCACCCCUGAGCUUGGCACACACCCGGCCCCGGGCCCCUGGUCGCCGGCCACUGCUCCCCCUCGCGAGGCCAGGUGCCUGGGGUGCACGGGUGUUUCAGCCGAAGCCUGUGGGGCUCCGGACAGGGCCUCUGGGACAUCAGCUUCCAGGUCGGAGGCCAGGCCCCUCAUCGGAGCCUCUCUGCCGAGCAAUGUGAAGCCACCCCUGGCAGUGCCCUCCCCAAGCCAGCCUCAAGGGCCCCUGGGGCUGUGCCUUCUCCCACAGGGGUCAGAGACUGACCCAGGGCCCGCCUGCCCGAGACCCCAGAGCCGGGCACAGUGUGGAGAAGGGACCACGAGGGCCCACUGCUGGGGGGCAGUACUCACCCCCUCUUCCACCCCAGCGGAAGCAGGGCCAAGGCCUCCCCCACCCCACACCCAGAGCCACCAGCACGCAGUGGCGGGUCCUGGCGUCCUGGGUCCCAGUGGCCAGGGCUCCCUGACCAGUGUCCCUGACCCAAGACCUCCAGCUCCGGGCAGCCGAGCACCAGCCUCGUCAGCGCUGGCUGGUGGGGGAUGCCGACGCGGCCCAUCGGUUCCCAGGCUCUGCGGGGUGCAGCUGGGCCAUCCUGUCCUUGCUGUCCUUGAGCAGAGUAGCGUGACGGUUCCCCACGAUCAAGGAGCAGGAGGGUGUUUGGCAGAAUGUUGAGUGUUGAGUGUUUGCUAAGCUUCAUUCACAGGGACGCUGGAGCGUUUCAGAAGGAACCGCGAGCUCGGCCGGGGCUCCCCAGAGCUGCGGGCUGAGGCUGUCAGCCCCUCAGACCUCCGCCGUCCUGCAUUCUGGGGGGAGUUCUGAACCAGCCCGUCCAGCACCAGCCGGUCUCAGAGACCCCCACAGCCCCAGGCUCAGGCCGGUCAGACGCAGCCCACCCAGCACCUGGCUGGGUCCUGCAGGGGCAGCUGUUGGGCUUCGGAAGCCUGGGACUGAGGAGAGGAAUUUCCGGCACCGACCUGCCCGGGGGCUCCUUUCCCGCCUGCUCAGCGGGCCUUGGGCUCCCGCGAUGGUUUUUCCAGUUGGCUUCUCACCCGGAAAGUGUAAACGCCCAAAUAGCCCCUCCUGGAGCUCACAUCUCUCAGAAGCAAAGAGCAAUAAUUGGGUCGCCUUAAACCCUGCCUGCCCUUUCCAACCACUCGGCCGUCUUAAGGCAGAAAGGUGCCUUCUGAAGACACUCUCCUGGCACGGAGGCGGCCCUUGCCUGGCGAGGUGGCUGGGGUGGUGGGAUGCGGCUUGUUCGCUGAGGACCAGGCUGUGACGGCCCCCGCUGCCUCCCUCGGGAAUGUGGCUGGUGGGGCAAGGACAGAGAAGGGAGGCCUUGCAGACCUCGGCCCCCGAGCACAGCCAGGUGCCCCUGCCCCGGCGCCUGGCACUGCCCAUCCCAGCCCCACAAGCCACUUGGGGCCAAUUUUGAUUUUCUCAAUUUGUGGACCAGAAAAGAAGUGAGAAUGUUCCUAAACUGUCAGCAAACGAGGCAACUGCCUGCAAAGCUGCUCUGAGACGUUUCCUCGUCCAGGGUUCCCAGCUGAGCGCCACGGGCAGCGGGAUCCGUGCCAUGGCCAGUGCUGCCCUGGCUGCUGGCCACGAGGUGGUCUCCAGCAUCCACCUCCUGCAGUGUUUCCCGGGCCUGCCUCAGCCACUUGUUUAGUGACUGUUCAGAGACAAUACGUGUUUUAUUAAUUUUGUCCAGUGAUUUUUAUAGAAUACGUUCUUCUCGUUGAGCCACUGCAGAUACAUGCUUGUACAAACGUUGACACUGGGUGUCGGCACUAAAAUUGGGCUAACUCCUUUGGAUCCGUGGCCACUGUCACAGCCUUUGUAAAGAAGCAAAACAUUUGAACCAAACCUUCAGACUCGGACCAUCUGCUUACUUAGGUUGGUACUUAAAGAUGUACAGAGAUCUCUUCAGCUACUAAGUGGCAGGAAAAGCUUUUCUUUCAAAUUCUAAUAAUCAUAAUACCUGCAGAGCAGCAUGAAAAUAAUCCAACUGCUAAGAAUACUCCAACACAAUCCAAAGUGUACUCUUUGGAAAACCAAAAGGGUGAAUCAGAAACAAUGAGUACUGUACAAUGAAUAUGAGCUAAACAAAGCUGUGCUUUGUAUUCUACAUUUAAAUGCUUUUCUCCAAACCAAUGAGUUCUGCUUCCUGCUGUGAGACUUUCAUUUGGAUGCUCACUUAGGUGGGCCAGUGGGAAUAGAAUAAGCACAGCAUGGGUUUAAAAUCUGCCCAAGUGAUGUGCUGUUAGGGCUUGAAAAGCUCGUUUCCCUGGGUUAGAGAAAGUAAACAAGGAUGUGUGUCCACGGAGAGAUCAUCUCAUCUCCCUUUCAUCCACAUUGUAUGAAGAGCUUUGUUCAUUCCAAAAAUGCCUACAGGUCCUGUUGGGCCUCUUCAUUUCCUGGAUUAUGAAUAAGAAUGUCCCAGCUGCCCGAGGCGGCCGGUGGCGGGGUGGGUGGGUCAGCCACUCGCCCCAAGGGUCGACCCCGUCAUCUGCCAUGCUGCAUUCCUUCUCCCCACUUUCCUUGGGGGCUCUGAUCUGAGUCUGGUGGCCAGUGGGUCCUUGCCCAGACACCCAAACUCAGCUGGAAACUCUUAACUGGCAGUCUUGUUUUCUGUUUGUUCCUGUUUUGUUUCCAGUUUUCUUUGAGGAAAAGUGGCGUUCACCUCAUUUGCUAUUUCUACACUGUUAGCAGAUGUGUGAGCUGAGUCUGAACCUGCCCAUUGGGUGCCAUGGGUUGAGAAAAGGAAGGCCACAGCCAGGGUAACUUUCCCACUUUGAGAAACUUGAAAAUUUUAUCAAUAAUUCCCUAUAUGAGAGCCAAAUUACAUUUGCUUUAUAUCAAACAAAACUGUGGAGAACUGAAAGCACAUCGUGCAAAAUGUUUAUGGUGUUUUGUAUGUCACCUAUUUCAGUAUUUAUGUAACUAGUGUUUCUAGAAAAUGGUUAAUUUAGUAAAUCAGUGUUCAUUCUGUGGUAAUAAAUUGAUACUGUGUAUAGUUAACCCUGUGGAGCAAUGGCAGCAGCUUGUCUAAACUCUUGUGCUAAAGUCAAAUAAAUGUUGAGUAUCUAC